CUCCCCGCUCCGCAGUGCUGCCGGAGCCGCGCUGCGCCGAGCCGAGCCGAGCCGUUCCCGGCCCAGGACCCCCGGCGAUGACCGACGCGGUGGUGGGCAGCGGCUCCGACCGCUGGAUGUGCCCCGGCGACAGGACCAUGUCCCUCCGAGCCGGCGGCGAGAAGGAGCAGCUCCCCGCGGGCUGGGCAGCGCGGGGCGGGCAGCCCGAGCGGCCGCGGAAAGGCGAGGAGCUGACGGAUGAGGAGAAGGAGAUCAUCAACCGAGUCAUCGCCCGCGCCGAGAAGAUGGAGGAGAUGGAGCAGGAGCGCAUCGGGCGCCUGAUGACCCGCCUGGAGGACAUGCGCCGCAGCGUGCUGGGGGACGGCGUGAACCGCUGCAUCCUCUGCGGGGAGCAGCUGGGGCCGCGCGGCUCCGCCUGCGUCGUCUGCGAGGACUGCAAGAAGAACGUCUGCACCAAGUGCGGCGUGGAGACGACCAACAGCCGCCCGCACCCCAUCUGGCUGUGCAAGAUUUGCAGCGAGCAGCGUGAGGUGUGGAAGCGCUCCGGUGCCUGGUUUUUCAAGGGUUUGCCCAAGCAAGUGCUGCCCCAGCCGAUGCCCGUCAGCAAGAGCAAGGUGCCCUCGGCCCCCAGCGAGCCCAGCCCGGCGGAGCCCCCCGGCCCCGACCCCAAGCUCCCCGCCUGUGCGCCCAGCCGAGGCAGCGAGGCGACGGCGGCCGCCCGGGUCCGCAAGCCGGCCGAGGCCAGGACGGGGCCGUGCGGCAGCGAGGACGCCGACGGCCGUGACUAUGCCACCGAGAGCGGGGCCACCAGGAGCCCUGGCGUGAAGCGAGCCGACUCCCUGCAAGCCCCACGGCCUCCCCCACCGCCUGCCGCCGCCCCCGGCCCUGCAGCACCCGCAGCAGGAAGGCCGGGUCCUGGGGCAGCCGGACGGAUCCUGGAGGCACAAGCGAGCCCACUGCUGGGACCCCCGGAGCCAGCCCGUGCAGCCCCCAGGGAGGAGCGUGGCGGGGGCUAUGCCGUGCCCCCAGCCUGGGAGGAGAGGCCAGCCCGGCCCCCAGCCCCGCUGCGGCAGCCGCCCCCGGAGGAGGAGGAGGAGGACGCCAACAGCUACGACUCUGAUGAAGGCACCACGCUGGGCGCCCUGGAGUUCAGCCUGCUGUACGACCAGGAGAACAGCGCCCUGCACUGCACGCUCCUCCGGGCCAAGGGCUUAAAACCGAUGGACUCAAAUGGCCUGGCGGAUCCCUACGUAAAGCUGCACCUCCUGCCCGGAGCCAGCAAGUCAAACAAGCUGAGGACGAAGACCCUGCGCAACACCCGCAACCCGGUGUGGAACGAGACCCUGGUGUACCACGGCAUCACGGACGAGGACAUGCAGCGCAAAACGCUCAGGAUUUCCGUGUGCGACGAGGACAAAUUUGGCCACAACGAGUUUAUUGGAGAAACUCGAGUUUCCUUGAAAAAACUCAAAGCCAACCAGAAAAAGAACUUCAACAUCUGCUUGGAGAGAGUAAUACCAAUGAAGCGUGCUGGGACGACCGGCUCGUCUCGCGGCAUGGCGCUGUACGAGGAGGAGGUGGAUCGCGGCGGGGACAUUGAGGAGCGCGGCAAGAUCCUGGUGUCCCUCAUGUACAGCACCCAGCAGGGCGGGCUGAUCGUGGGCAUCGUGCGCUGCGUGCACCUGGCUGCCAUGGACGCCAACGGGUACUCGGACCCCUUCGUUAAGCUUUGGCUGAAACCUGACAUGGGAAAAAAGGCCAAGCAUAAGACCCAGAUAAAAAAGAAAACAUUGAAUCCUGAGUUUAACGAGGAGUUCUUCUACGACAUCAAGCACAGCGACCUGGCCAAGAAGUCGCUGGACAUUUCCGUCUGGGAUUACGACAUCGGCAAAUCCAACGACUACAUCGGCGGAUGUCAGCUCGGCAUUACGGCGAAGGGGGAGCGCUUGAAACACUGGUACGAGUGCCUGAAGAACAAGGACAAGAAGAUCGAGCGCUGGCACACCCUCCAGAACGAGAACCACGUUGCCAGCGAUUAAGGGGAGCCAAGGCCCCCCCCGCCUCCGCCAUGUCCCUGCAGGCCUGACCAACGUCCGUCUGUCCGUCUUCCAGCGCAGUCACACCUCGCUACGCGGCCGUGCCCCUGGGCAGCAGCACUGCUCUGCCUCCUCCGAGCAUCCCCUGCCCUCUUCUCGCCUCCGCCUGAAACGUAGCCCAGAUUUUUUUUGUAUUCACUUCUUUUUUUUUUUUUUUUUUUUUUUUUUUCCCCUCUCUCUUUUGGGUCAUUGAAUUAUGCUGGCGUGCGACGUUGUCGAGCAAUAGUUCCCCGCGAGCAUCCCUCGGCCUUUCUCAGCAGCCUCACGCACACCGUGGCAGCGUUCCUGUCUGUGUGUGUGAUGACCCGUGCUCCUCCUGCUCCGCUCCCUGCCCCGUCACACCCUGUCCCCACCACCUCCCCGCUCCUCCCCGCGGGACACGCGGCCCUACAAGCCCCAGGGCUGCAGCACGGAGGUGGCAGCAGGGGACAGGCAGCACUGCUUGUGUGGCUGCGGUGCCCUGGCUGCAGUAACGAAGAAGCUGGCUUUGGUCUGGGUCACCCCACGAGCUCAGGAGCUGCAGCCCCGUGCUCAACGCUUCCUUUCCAACCACGGUCAGUUCGCUGCACCACGUGCAGGAGGGAAGUCGAGGGAGAAGGUAUUUCCCACCAACUAGCUGAUAUGUCCAAGGAUUAUUGUUUUACAAUACCACAAACACUGGAAUUAGCUGGGACAGUUAGAGGUCUUCCAACUUAUGUAUUAUUUAUGUAUUUAUUUAUUGCAAGUCUGCACAAGAGCCGUCGUCUUCAAGCCGUGCCGUAACCGUUGUCUGGAGGUGCUUCAGUUGCUAGCGCCAGCAGGAGGGCCAAGCCUCCCGGGCUGACGUUGAUCAUUUUGGGUCCCAUUCUGCUUCAGCUGCUCUUUCUGGCCAGCCUCGAGCGCGGCAAUGUCUCCGUGAGCACCGCCGGGACACUGGUGGUCAGCCCCAAGCCGUGCGUGCUGCACAGCGCCCGACCCCAAACCCCUCGCAACUUGCUGCUGUCCUGUGCCGUGGUCUGAGUCCAGCUGUGCUGUGGAGCUUUCGUUUCCCUUGGUUGGCUCGUUUUCCUAUGCUCGAUUUUAUUUAUUGACUGAUUUGUUUUUACAUCUUUCCCCCAGGGAAUUUAACCCCCUGUAGGUACUUGCAGUGAGCAUCUUCCUGGGGCUUCCCCACAUGGCAUACCCCAAAGUGCUCUCUGCAACCACCUCUCCGGCACUAACCACCCCCUUCCUUGCCUUUCCUCCUCAGGUAUUUAAUUUAUUUUAGGAUCCCUAUGACCGUGGGGCAGUUCCCAAACAGCAGGAAUUGCAUCGCUCCCCUGAAAAAGCCUCUCCACGGGCAUUCCAUGUUCACAGCAUCGUUGAGCUCUUUAUGGGGCAUCCUUGUCCUCCUGUGCAGCGUGCUUCCUUUCUGCUUUUAGGAUGCAAGUGUGGGGUGUAACCGAGAGCACUGACUCCUCAAUGCCCUUAACCAUGGGGGGCUAGUGGGGGGCUGCCCUCUGCUCACACCUCAUGAAGGGAGAGGACGCUUUGAAAAGGGACUCUGCCUUCCCUUCGUGCAUUAGGCUCUUCAUGGGUAAGUGCCACAUCCUGGAGGCCCCGAGCUGUGUCGCCCUCCGAGCAGGCUCUGCAGGGGAUCCGGGUGAAGCAACCCCUUUUUUUGGGGUCGUUUCCCUGUGCUGGGAGCAAUGCAAGGUGCUCACGGUGCCCUGCAGCAGGGGUUUGGCUGCAGGAUGCUCCGUGAUCCCUUCUGGUGGGCACAGCUCCCUCCCGAGUCGUGAUGGGGAGACGUCUGCCUGGGGACAAAAGCAUCUUGAAAAAAUAAAACAAAACUCUAAGCACUUCAUCUAUCCCAGCUGUGCACAGCCAAGCCCCCUCCCUGUGUGCAGAACUAUUAAAUUAGAGGUGCUUUUACUGGGGUAGCUUCCUCCCGUGUCCCGUAGCGACGUGCUCUGCUUUGCCUUCAGACAACCGCUGCUCAAGUCAUCCGUCAGCACCCAUGACAUGAAGUGCAACUUGCUGCUCCCCUUCGCAGUAUUGUGCAAACCGCCCUCCUUGUCUCCACUGCCACCUUCCUCUGAGUUUUUCUGACCGUGAUUUCUGCCCUGAAUGACUUCUUUUCGUUGUAAAUAGAGCAUGCACAUAUGGAUUGGGAAUGGUAUGUU